UUUCAAACCAGAAGCUUUUCUAAUUUGAAUUGAAAAAGUGGUAUAGUUUAAUUUAUAGUAUAUAAUAAAUUACUUUUGUUCCAUGAAGGUCACCGACCUCAAUAGCCUGUGUUCUUCUUUCAUUCUCUCUAUUUAUCAACUUACUUAGUUAUAUUAAUAAUCAUGGUAUGAUCUUAAGUUUAUUACUCCCUUCUUACCAAACGCGUUUCUGAUCAUAUUUUCUUGAACUAUUAUUAAUUCUCUCUAGUGCUUUCCCUCUUUCUUUGGCGAGCUGUUUCUUUCUGAAACUUUAGAAGAAACCCAAACCCAUCUCAAUUUUCUAUUUAUUUAUGAUAAUUAGCCAUUAAAAGAGGGCUUGACAUUUUUUUUAGACAUGAAGAGGGCAAAAUUUGAUAUGGUCAUGUCACUGAGCCGUCAAAGAUCGGUCCAAGUUUUGAUUUUUAUAGGUCUUGUUUAUGUAAUAAUGGUGGGUUUAGAAGUACCUUUUGUUUUCAAAACUGGGUUUAGUUUAGUUUCUCAAGAGGGUUUUGCUAACCGUCAUUUAAAUUCCAAAACUUUUGUUCUUGAAAGUGAAGAAUAUGUUGAAGAAAAAAAGGCCCCAAAUCGCCCCCUUGAUGUGCCACAUAGGGUUUCAAAUCAAUCCAGGCCUGAAAGAAAAAUCAGGGAAAUCCACACUUUAUUGUCAAAUUUAGUUUUUGAUGGGAAUUCUGUGAAUAUGGAUAGUACUGAUGGGUUUUCAGGGAUUUUGAAAUCAUCAAAAGAGGCAUUUGAGUUAGGGAAAAAGUUCUGGGAAGAACUUGAAUUGCAUAAACAAGAAGUGGUUCUUGUUGAUAAUAAUAAUAAUAAGAAGAAAGAAGAAUGCCCACAUUCGAUUUCGAUUUCCGGGUUGGAAUUCCAGGAAAAAGGGAGAAUGAUGGUGUUACCAUGUGGGCUUACUUUAGGGUCUCAUAUUACAGUUGUUGGGAAACCAAGAAAGGCGCAUCAGGAGCAUGACCCGAAGAUAUCUUUGUUGAAAGGUGGUCAAUUCUUGAUGGUUUCACAGUUUAUGAUGGAGUUACAGGGGCUUAAGACUGUUGAUGGAGAGGACCCACCAAGGAUUCUCCAUUUGAAUCCGCGAUUAAGAGGCGAUUGGAGUGGAAAGCCCGUGAUCGAACACAAUACUUGUUAUAGGAUGCAAUGGGGGACGGCACAAAGGUGUGAUGGCUGGAGGUCCAAGGAUACAGAGGAGACUGUUGAUAGACAGGUUAAGUGUGAGAAGUGGAUUAGAGAUAAUGACGACAAUCAUUCUGAGCAAUCAAAGUCAUCAUGGUGGUUAAACCGGCUUAUUACAGGGCGCACAAAGAAGAUGUCUAUUGAUUGGCCAUUCCCAUUUGCAGAGGAUAAGUUAUUUGUGCUAACGCUUAGUGCUGGCUUUGAGGGUUAUCAUAUAAAUGUUGAUGGGAGGCAUGUGACCUCAUUUCCAUAUCGAACUGGAUUUGCCCUUGAGGAUGCCACUGGUUUGUACUUGAACGGUGACAUUGAUGUUGAUUCGGUGUUUGCUGCCUCCUUGCCAGCAACACAUCCCAAUUUUGCACCUCAGAGACAUCUUGAUAUGUCAAGCAGAUGGAAGGCACCCCCUCUCCUUGAUCAGCCUGUCGAUAUGUUCAUUGGUAUUCUUUCUGCUGGUAAUCAUUUUGCUGAGCGAAUGGCUAUAAGGAGGUCUUGGAUGCAGCAUCAGCUAAUCAAAUCUUCAACUGUUGUGGCUCGAUUCUUUGUUGCAUUGCAUGCAAGAAAGGAGGUAAAUGUCGAGCUAAAGAAAGAAGCAGAAUUUUUUGGUGACAUUGUCAUUGUUCCUUAUGUGGAUCACUAUGACCUCGUGGUUCUGAAAACAGUUGCCAUAUGUGAAUAUGGGGUCCGUGUAGUAUCUGCCAAAAAUAUCAUGAAGUGCGAUGAUGAUACCUUUGUGAGAAUAGAUGCAGUUAUCAAGGAAGUAAACAAAGUGCCUGAAAAUAGGAGCUUGUAUAUUGGAAAUAUCAAUUACCACCAUAAACCCCUACGUAGUGGUAAAUGGGCAGUGACAUAUGAGGAAUGGCCAGAAGAAGAUUAUCCGGCUUAUGCAAAUGGACCUGGCUACGUAGUUUCAUCAGACAUUGCUAACUUCAUCGUCUCAGAGUUUGAUAGACAUAACUUAAAGUUGUUCAAGAUGGAGGACGUGAGCAUGGGAAUGUGGGUUGAGAAAUUCAAUAGCUCAAGACCUGUGCAAUAUGUACACAGCUUGAAGUUCUCCCAAUCUGGAUGUGUAAAUGAUUAUUAUUCAGCCCAUUACCAGUCACCUAGGCAGAUGAUCUGCUUGUGGAACAAACUGCAACAGCCAGGGCGACCCGAGUGCUGCGACAUGAGAUGACAACUAGAUACAAAGAGAAGGGUGACUGAGAAUUGAUCAAGGAAAGAGUCUAAACAAGUUUUGCUGUUUAGAAACCAGUGUCUGUAAACUUUCUGGAAAACUCGGUUUUAGAUAUGAUAUGGGCUGCUUAGGGGCCCUUGAAAUUCUUUUAAAUGUCAUCUCUACCUUCUCUCUUUUUGAGUUUUUUCUUCCAAUUCUUUUAUACAUGUUCAAGAUUAUAUGUGGAUGUAUAGAAGUAGGGACAUACAUGUGCAGGGAGAACAAAUCCAUACUUUUAUAGCUAUCCUACAUAGCAGACAAUCAGAGAUUGAGAUUCAAUGCAAGUUUAUUCAAUUUUGCUUGAAGUUCC